CCGAUUUUGAUGGCCUAGUAUGGCCUUGGAGAGGUAUAAGAUGGGUAAUCGCCAUGUUUCUCUAAUUUGGUUCACCUCCAACUUCACCCUGCCUUGACUUCACCACCCAAUUCCCAUCACCAUAUUAUCAUCAUGAAGACUGUAGCCAUCAUCGCAGCCGCUGCUGCUACCUUGUCCACCAUGGCAGAGGCUCAGGCGUUCACUUUGAAACUUGCUACUUCAGGUUCUUGGGACAAUCUUCCUCUUGUCGCCUGGAACGGCAUGUUUAUUGCAGCCCUUCCAGGAAAUAGCACAACCGCAACCUGUCCUCCUUGGGACACCAACUGCCCAGGAGCGGAGACAAUCAUUCUCUCAGGUCCAACUCUCGAAGGUGCGCCAACACAGCUUUGGAUGGGCGUCCUCCAGGAGCACGGCCAAAGAGUCUACACACAUGAGCCCCCCAAGGGACUAUUCGAGUACCAAGACUACGGCGACCUCAUCAGCUACACAGCAGCCGGAACCACCGAAGACGCCAACAAGCCAAAGGUUGACAACUAUGGAGAUCUGUGGAACAUCCUCGAGUAUGACUUCGACUACAGCUACGGUGCAAAGCAAGGUGAUCAUGUCCUCGCUCAUGGGCCUGACAACAGCACCUUCUUCGGACUUUGCUCUGCGCAACACCCUUGGGGUGGACAGUUGCUUAUUCUCUCGACUGUUUCCAAGUACUGCGGACCUGUCAACGUCAGAGUCGAGGAGACGAAUGUGGCCGCUCCCCAAUUCUACAACUGCGACGGCUGCGAAUUCAGAGGAUCUUGUGAUAGUUACCCUUCCUGUGAUUACCCUUUCUGCAGCAGGGACAAGAAGCUCUGGUAUAUCUGACCGAAUCAAUGAAGGAUGAAGAUAGUGCAUUACGAAAUCACGGCUGCAUUGCAUACUGAGGUCUUGCCGAGUUGAAGCAUCAUGAUAAUUACAUACUUAUAUGUAUACAAAUAGCCAUGACCAAUCGAACACAAAAGCCUCUACAUCGUUC